UUGACAUUCAAUUUUAAUACCGCUUUAUGAGAAUUCGUGAUUGCUAUUCUCUCUAUUAGACGCGGGUAGAUAAUUGAGCUUUUUGACAGUUAGCUUUAAAAUGUCCGUCUUUCAAAAUAGGCAACUUCCUGUUAACUAUGUAGACUAACUUGACUUCAAUGCCUGCCUGCUCAAUGGACCUCAAGCUCUGAUGGGCGUAUAAACUACUGAUAAUGUACGAGUUUAAAACUACCUUCCACUAAUUUCUCUUUCGUUUUUCCUCGUCGCUUAAACUUUUCGCUGGUUGAAUGAAAGGUUUUAAUGGUAUUCAUUUCGUCACGUGGUAUUCACUGGUAAUUUUUAGCUGAAAAGUUGAUUGUUCACAGUUAUAAUCGCUUUUCUAGUCUUUUCUUAUCUUUCUCCUAAAAGCUCUCGUUUUCCCCAGAAGUUAUCUUUAUUAGCGCUUUCCGAUUUUUAAAAACACUUGAUUAUUAUCGAUUUGCGUACUCCAUUUUUUUUGAAACCAGAGUUUCUGAACAUGUAAAAAACCAGUGCAAACAUGUAUCGGAUUGUUUGAAUUAAAAAUAAUUUGAACUUCGAAGCAUUGAGCAAAUUGUUUGAUCAAACAACCAAUGGUGUCAAAUAACAGUUACGAAAGUAUUUUCAUAAUUCUAAUUUUAUCUAUUACUCAGUGUUCUUCAAACGUGUCUGCGAACCAAAAUUAGUUGCUAAAAAGAUCUAGAAGGUUCGGUGGCAGAUUAAGUUUCCGCUUUAUGAUUACGCCGAAAAUCCGUGUCCUUGAAACGCUUACUUUGCAAAUCGUUUUAACACAAUUUUCGUUAUUUUACCUCAAAAUCAGACCCUUGAACAAUAAUCAACUUAGAAAUGCUUUCCUAUUUUCCUGAAAUGUUUACUUGGUUUAUUUAGAUUUUAAAUAUUCAAAUGGCGUCGCUGUUUUGGAUUUCCACUAAACUUACCUUCAAGUGUUUCUCUUAUGAUUUCUAGUUUGGGAUCUGUCACACGUCUGUUAAAGUUCGUCAAAAUUUGGCUCCUAAAUUGAGCAUUCAACCAAACGGUUGUACUGAAUUAUAAAAAAAAAUUAUCACGCACAAUUUCAAAUUUUGAUAACGUUUAUUUUCAACUUCAUUCAGAAAAAAAACAAUCACUUUUCUUCGGUGAAAUCGAUUAGAAGCGCUUAAGUGAAUUCUUUUUUUUAUUAUCUGAAUGUUGGAACCCUCUAUAACCUUAUCAGUUAAGAUAAUCUUCGAUUUUGGGAGGAGAUUUGAAAGUUUGUUCUUGUCGUUACGUCACAGAUUUUUCAAUGGAACGAGAAACAGAUCAAGAGUUCAGCACUACCGACAAAAAUCACAACUCCAAGUCGCUAGUUGUAAGUGCCCAGAAAAAGGUGCUAAGUCAACUUUCGGCUAAUAAAUCUGUUCAGAAACAGUUUUUAGACGAAGAACAGAACAGACUGUUGCAGCUAUUCCACGACUUGUCCUACGAGUAUCUUUGCAUUCAGCAGAACGUCAGUUCGAUCGAAAACAAAAAAGAGAGGGAGAAAGAAGAGGCGAAUGUUAAGCAGACUGUCCAUAAGGUGCACAAAGAUCUCAUAAAACUCACCGUCAAAAUUUCAGUCUUAGCUGGUCAAAAACAAUUAACAGGCGAAGAGCUGGACGCUCUGAUGCAACUUCGUGAAGUAUUCCACAAAUUCGUGAUGACUUUUGUGACGUAUAACCAGAUGCCAGAUUGUUACAACAGAACCAUCAUCUUGGACCAACUUGCCGGUAUGAAGGACACUUUGAACAACAUCAUUAGUCGUCCUCUAUCGGAAAAAUCGGGCUUGCGGCUGGAUAAUGUGUUCAAUUUUUUCAUGGACCCCAAGUACCUGGAUGCCAUUUUCAACAGGGCCACCCAACACAAGAUAAUCAUGGAGCAGAUAUGUGAAAUAUUGCAGAAUCUUCUAACCAACAAACUUAUUUGAAAAGAAGUUCUCUUAUUAUUAUUUAAGUUAUAAUUUAUUAAGCAAGGAUUUGAUGAAUGCACACUUUCAAUCGUAUUUUAUUUAAAAAUUAUAUAUUAAAUAUAGUUUACACUAUAUAAAUUUAGAGCACAAUGCUUGAAAUGAUGAUGAUUAGAUAUUAAGGCAAAGCUUUGAUCAAAUCCUUUUACAACCAAAAUACUUUUGCGAUAAAAUAUAUGCAAAGGUCAUUUUAAACUGUUGACCCGAAAGCAAAGCAAUAUUCUUUAACUUUUCGAAUGAGAAGCAGCCGACAACGAAACUAAUUUUACCGAUUGGAAAUAAUUCAUUGAUUUCUAAAUCCGAAAGUUUCAACAAAAAAGCAAGACAUUUUUAAACUUGCUUAGCUUCCGCGACCAAGUUAGUGCUUCCACAUUUUUUCCAGAAUUUGAAUUUGAUUUUUUUCGUAAGUAUGUGAGUUGAGUUAUAAAUUAUCUUGUUAACUACCCCCCCUUCCUCGAGAUACCUGCGAUAAAGACUUUUCAAACCUAUAAAAGACUAAUUCAACGGUCAAACGUUUCUGAGUUUGGUGCAUUGUAACACUUUUACCAUAUAUUCUAAUAAGGAGGGUACAAUUCCCCUCCCUCCCCCUCCUUUCCAAUAAGGGGGGGGGGGUAGUUAACAAUAUCGGCUAUAUUAUACGAGGAGCUCAUUUUGAUGCACAUACACUCACUUAAAUUUAGUGUUCUUCAUAAUGCAUGUUUGCUAUAGCUUGUUUUUUUUUCAUUUAUCACCUAUGUACUGCUACACCUAUGUAAAUAUUUUAUCAAAACAGACUGAUAGAAAUAAAUCUAGACGAUUCAUCUUUUGAGCAUUUAGCAA